UUAGCGUUGACGCUUCACAUGCGCAUGCAUGCAUGCGGAAAAUUAUUUACCUCAGUCCCAUUCAUUCCCAAACGUGUUGUUCUGUAUUACGUUGGUUAUUAUCCUUCGUAGAUCACUCAUCCCACGAACGAGGUUAUAAUAAUCUAGAUUUUACUCUCAUUAUGGAAGAUGAAACUGGAAAAAGACGACUAGAAUUUGCAGAAAGAACAAUGCAGUCUAAGAGGAAAAAGGGCAUUACGAAGUCGAAUGAUGGCAAGAGCACAACACAGCACAUUUUAGGCAGUAAAAAAUCUCAACGAAAAGAAAAGUCUGAAAUUCUGCUCGAAAAUUUAGUGUUUGGAAAUGACAUUGAAGAUCGUAUUCAGGAUUUGGAAGAAGAAGAAGUUGUGGAGCUGGAUGCUAAGUUCGGUUCUGAAGAGCAGGAACCUGAAAGUGAUGAUGAUGAAGGCCUUUCUACAGGUAUUCAGAGUAGACUCCAGGGAUCUAAUGAUGCUUUGUCUCUUGGUAAAGGGAAAAGGAAGCCGGCUUGGCACGAUGACACUGAUGAAGUGCAGUUAAGCUUUGAUCAAGAGAAAAGCUACAGACAGCAGAAACUAAAAAGGAGAGCUGAGAAAGAAGUAAGCGGUCAACAAAUUCAAGAAAGAUUAAAGUCACAAUAUGAAAAGGUAGUUGGUAGUACUCCAUCUUGGGCCAAAUUGAAGUCAGAGAGAGAAAAGGAGGCAGGUAGUGAUGAGAGCGAUGAUGAGGAGGAGGAUGAUGACCAUCCUCUUCUGAGGAGAACGGGGGACUAUUUGACCAGUUCCGAGACACUACCAUCUACCAAUCUUAAUAUCAAACGGUUAACUAACCUCAACAAGGAACAUCCAACAGAGGGCAAGGUGACUGCAUUAGAGUUUCAUCCAGGAGCUCAGGUUGCCAUGGUAGCAGGGCUGGAUCAAAGACUUAAUCUAUUUCAAGUUGAAGGAAGACAUAACCCAAAGAUUCAGAGCAUAUUCGUGGAACAGUUUCCCAUUCACUGUGCUCACUUUGCAUCACAAGGAACAGAGGUGGUACUCAGCGGAAAGAGGAAAUUCUUCUAUGUCUAUGACAUGAUAGCAGGCAAAGUUUCACAGAUACCAUACAUUAGAGGUAUAAGGGAGAAUAAGUUGCUGAGCUUUGAAGUUUCUCCAGACGGGAAGUUUCUUGCAUUCCUGGGUGAUUAUGGUAACAUUCAUCUCUUAUCCACACAGACCAAGGAAUUAAUCACAACCCUGAAAAUGAAUGGCAGUGUGGAUGCAGUGACUUUCACAUCUGAUGGAUCUAAGAUGAUGUCUUUUGGAGAUGACUGUGAUGUUUAUGUUUGGGAUAUGAAUACAAGAGAUUGUAUUCAUAAGUUUGUUGAUGAGGGAUGUAUCAAAGGAAAUACAAUAUCAGUAUCACAAGGAAGUAGAUAUAUUGCUGCAGGCUCACAGAGUGGUGUGAUAAACAUCUAUAAUGACCAAUGCUUGACCAAGGAGCGUCCAGCACCUCUAAAGGCUGUCAUGAACUUGACCACACCUGUUACGGCUACUAGAUUCAAUUCAACCAAUGAAAUCUUAGCAGCUAUCUCAGUCUACUCAAGAGAUGUCGUCAAAAUGAUCCACCUCCCAUCUUGUCACACUUUUGCCAAUUUCCCUACAACCAAUGAGGUGCUACGUAUACCAUGCGCUCUAGACUUCUCCCCUAGGAGUGGAUACUUUGCUCUGGGUAACAAUAAAGGGGAAGUCCCUCUCUUCAGGUUAAAACACUACAAGGAUUAUUGAGCAGGUUUAUUUCCAAUCGUCUAAUGCCAAUUCGUCCAGUUGCCAACUCGUCUGCUAUCAUUUGGUCUAUCAUCAAUUCGUCCACUCACCACAUGGUCUACUUUCAUUUAGUCUAAUGCCAUUCUGUCUAAUAACCAGUUGGUCCAAAAGACAUUUAGUCCAUUUACCAUUUGGUCUAAUUGGACAAAGUGUUGAAAUUGAGCAAAUUGAAUGAAAAUG